CCCGCCGCGGCCGCCGUCCCCGCGCGUCCCGACCUUGGGCGGCGUCUGGGUGCGGGGAGGGCGGGUGAGCGCGGGGCUGGCCCGGGCCUGGGCCUCGGCCUCGCGCUCCUCCCCCCCGCGCCCGGGCCCGGGUGGCGCGCGCACACCUGUCGGGCGGCGGCCGCGCGGAAGAGGAGGCGCGGGCCGGGGUCGCAGCCCCGCGCCCCGCCGCUUCCCGGAGGAGCGGUGCGUCCGGCCGAGCGAGAUGAAGCUCCCCGGCGCUUGGAAGAUGCUCCCGGUGGCUGCGUGCCUGGCCCUGCUGGGCUGCCUGCAGGCCCGGGAGCUCGGGGGCCACGUCUCCGUCAUCCUGCUGGGAGCCACCGGGGACCUGGCGAAGAAGUACUUAUGGCAGGCACUGUUCCAGCUGUACCUGGAUGAGGCGGGCAACGGCCACAGUUUCGGCUUCCACGGGGCUGCCCUGACGCCCCCCCAGCAGGGCCAGAAGCUCAUGGCCAAGGCCCUGGAGUCCCUCUCCUGCCCCCAGGACGUGGCGCCCCGUCUCUGCGCUGACCUCAGGGAGCAGUUCCUGCAGCUGAGCCAGUACCGCCAGCUGAAGACGUCGGAGGACUACGAGGCCCUGAGCAGACACAUCGAGGCCCACGUGCGGCAGGAAGGCCUCCGUGAGGCUGGCAGGAUCUUCUACUUCUCCGUGCCACCUUUUGCCUACGCCGACAUCGCCCGCCACAUCAAUAGCAGCUGCCGGCCGGGCCCCGGCGCCUGGCUGCGAGUCGUCCUGGAGAAGCCCUUCGGCCAUGACCACCGCUCGGCACAGCAGCUGGCCACAGAGCUCGGGAGCUUUUUCCACGAGGAGGAGAUGUUCCGAGUGGACCACUACCUGGGCAAGCAGGCCGUGGCUCAGAUUCUGCCCUUCCGGGACCAGAACCGCCAGGCCUUGGGUGGCCUCUGGAACCGGCACCACGUGGAGCGGGUGGAGAUCAUCAUGAAGGAGACGGUGGACGCGGAAGGCCGCACCAGCUUCUACGAGGAGUACGGCGUCAUCCGGGACACCCUGCAGAACCACCUGACGGAGAUGCUCACGCUCGUGGCCAUGGAGCUGCCCGGCAACAUCAGCAGCUCGGCCGCCGUGCUGGAGCACAAGCUGCAGGCCUUCCGCGCCCUGCGGGGCCUGCAGCGGGGCAGCGCCGUGCUGGGCCAGUACCAGGCCUACCGCGGGCAGGUGCGCCGCGAGCUGCAGAAGCCGGGCGGCUUCCACAGCCUGACGCCGACCUUCGCAGGGGUCCUGGUCCACGUGGACAAUCUGCGCUGGGAGGGCGUGCCUUUCAUCCUGACGUCGGGCAAGGCCCUGGACGAGCGCGUGGGCUACGUGCGCGUCGUGUUCAAGAACCGGGCCUACUGCGCCCAGAGCGAGGGCCGCUGGGCCCCCGCGCAGAGCCGCUGCCUGCCCCGCCAGGUCGUCUUCUACAUCGGACACGGCGAGCUGGGCCACCCCGCCAUCCUGGUCAGCCGGAACCUGUUCAGGCCCGCCCUGCCCCCGCAGAGCUGGGAGGAGGUGGAGGCCCGGCCCGGGCUCCGCCUGUUCGGCCGCCCCCUGUCCGACUACCACGCCUUCCGCCCCGUGCGUGAGCGGGACGCCUACUCCAUCCUGCUGUCCCACAUCUUCCACUGCCGGAAGGAGUCCUUCGUCACCACCGAGAACCUGCUGGCCUCCUGGGUCUUCUGGACCCCCCUGCUGGACGGCGUGGCCCGCGACGUCCCGCGCGUCUACCCCGGGGGCUCCGAGAACGGCCACCUGCUGGACUUCGAGUUCAGUGGCGGCCAGCUGGCCUUCACCCAGCCGCCGCCCGAGCAGCUGGUGCCCGGGCCGGGCCCCCCCCCGAGGCCCAGCGACUUCCAGGCCCUCGGGGCCCAGUACCGAGAAAGCCCGCUCGUCUCCGCCUGGCCCGAGGAGCUCAUCGCCAGGCUGGCGGGCGACAUCGAGGCGGCCGCCCUGCAGGCCGUGCGGCGCGCCGGCCAGUUCCACCUGGCGCUGUCGGGCGGCUCCAGCCCCGUCGCCCUGUUCCGGCACCUGGCCACCGGGCACUUCGGCUUCCCCUGGGCCCACACGCACCUGUGGCUGGUGGACGAGCGCUGCGUGCCCCUCUCGGACCCCGACUCCAACUUCCAGGGCCUGCAGGCGCACCUGCUGCGGCACAUCCGGGUCCCGUACUACAACAUCCACCCCAUGCCCGUGCACCUGCACCAGCGGCUGUGCGCCGAGGAGGACCAGGGCGCCCAGGCCUACGCCCGCGACAUCGCCGCCCUGGUGGCCAACAGCAGCUUCGACCUGGUGCUGCUGGGCAUGGGCGUCGACGGGCACACGGCCUCGCUCUUCCCGCAGUCGCCCGCGGGCCUGGACGGCGAGCAGCUGGUGGUGCUGACCCGGAGCCCCUCCCGGCCGCACCGGCGCAUGAGCCUCAGCCUGCCCCUCAUCAACCGCGCCAAGAGGGUGGCCGUCCUGGUCAUGGGCAGGACGAAGCGGGAGAUCGCCACGCUGGUGAGCCGCGUGGGCCACCAGCCCAAGAAGUGGCCCAUCUCGGGCGUGCUGCCCCGCGCCGGCCAGCUGGUUUGGUACAUGGACUACGAGGCCCUUCUGGGAUGAGGGGGGCGGGGGGCACCGCUGCCCUUGGCUCCACCUAGACUUGCCUUCAUCUGCCACCUUCCUCUGCGUUCUGCCUCUCCUCGCCCGACGUGUCCCGGAGAGGGGGCGACGGGGCUCCGUCCCAGCCCCUUAGGGAGCCGUCCUGUGGGGUGACGGGGCCAGGUCAGAAGAGGAGCCUCCGCCACAAAACCUGCAGCAGCUCCAUGUUGGCACCAAGCAGCGCGGGAGAAGCUAGUCCCCGAGAGGGGAUGAGGCCCGGUGUCAGGUGCCGCCUGCCGCCUCUGUGGCCUCCUGUGUGGCCCGGUGUCAGGUGACUCUGCCCCCUCUGUGUCCUCCUGUGUGGCCUGGUGUCAGGUGACUCUGCCCCCUCUGUGUCCUCCUGUGUGGCCUGGUGUCAGGUGACUCUGCCCCCUCUGUGUCCUCCUGUGUGGCCUGGUGUCAGGUGACUCUGCCCCCUCUGUGUCCUCCUGUGUGGCCUGGUGUCAGGUGACUCUGCCUCCUCUGUGUUCUCUUGUGUGGCCUGGUAUCAGGUGACUCUGCCCCCUCUGUGUCCUCCUGUGUGGCCUGGUGUCAGGUGACUCUGCCCCCUCUGUGUCCUCCUGUGUGGCCUGGUGUCAGGUGACUCUGCCCCCUCUGUGUCCUCCUGUGUGGCCUGGUGUCAGGUGACUCUGCCCCCUCUGUGUCCUCCUGUGUGGCCUGGUGUCAGGUGACUCUGCCCCCUCUGUGUCCUCCUGUGUGGCCUGGUGUCAGGUGACUCUGCCUCCUGUGUGUCCUCCUGUGUGGCCUGGUGUCAGGUGACUCUGCCCCCUCUGUGUCCUCCUGUGUGGCCUGGUGUCAGGUGACUCUGCCCCCCUCUGUGGCCUCACUGUGCAGCUCCUCAAGUUAGCUGGCCGCCUGUUCCUUGCACACGGCUUCCCCCUGCCACAUUCAGGUCCUGCGCUCUGGCCCCCAGGGCCUCCCUUUCUUUCCGGUCACUCAGCCUCUCCCUUCCUAGAGUGCGGAGGGAGAGUGAACAUUGCUUAGCAACCACAGCUGGGAUGGCACAAGGAUCCCAGAGAUCAA